AUGUUUCUGCGACGUCCUGCGUUAUCAUCGAUACGGUUCCUGCGUCCCUCGCAAUCCCUGCGUCGCGCUCGUCAUGACGUCUCCGCACCGCCGCCGCUGAUUCACAUCCAAGACGGAACCUUCUAUCAGACAUAUCCCACCCCGGAUGACUCGUCCAACGGUGUCAAUCCCCCCAUUUUCCCCAAUCUGAACUUCGUCCUCCCUUCCGAAAAGUCUACAAGCAGGAGCAAGAAAAAUGCAGCGCAGUCAUGGGCUGUGAUCGGUUCCUCGGGGAAAUCUGAUUUUCUCGACAUCCUCCGCGGCCAAUAUAUCAGCAUCCCACCUACGUCUCGCAGCUAUCCCUACCUCCUUUCCGAUGAAAUCACCCAAAAAGACCCAAGCCUGCGCAUUGUUAGCAAUGCUAUUCAGUCUAUUGGGUUCAGCGGAGAAGGCUCCGAGGCCAUUGGUGGUACACGUGGCGCAUAUUUGAGUGCUCGUUAUGAGAGUCAUAGAGAAGAGACGGAUUGGACCGUGCGCCAGUACCUCAAGGGCCAAACAUCCCUGAACCCUAUGGAAGGAGAGGAAGAUGGGAAGAUUCAUGAUACUAAGUUACUGAAUCAAGUCAUUGCCAACCUGAAAUUGGAGGAAUUACUGGAUAUGCCCGUAGCGAAUCUGAGCAAUGGCCAGACAAGACGGGCGCGUAUUGCAAAAGCUUUACUCGGAAAGCCUGAGCUUCUGCUCAUCGAUGACCCUUUCAUGGGAUUGGAUCCGGCCACCGUCCGAAGCAUCUCCAACUUACUCAAAUCGCUAGCCGAGAAAAGCGACCCCCGAUUGAUCCUUGCCUUGCGACCACAAGAUACUAUCCCAGAUUGGAUCGGUCACGUUAUGAUUAUUGGCCAUUUCAAUAAAAUCCUUUUCCAGGGCAAACGAGAGGACGCGGACAUGGUGAUGGAAGUGUGGACUCACCUCUUGAAGGACACAGAAUUCUCCAGCGAAAAGGAAAAUGCAAUCUUUCAACAGGCGAAGAAAGACAUGGAAGACGGUUUCAUGGACAGACAGUUGCUUUGGGACCUGAACCUGAUUACACCCAAGUCAGGCACUCCAUACCAUACCGCCCUAACUACAGGAGAACCUCUGAUCGAAAUGGAGGGAGUGCGCGUGCAAUAUGGCGACAAGGUCGUGCUAGGAGGGUGGAAACAAAACGUGAAUCAAGAGGAAAAAGAGGGACUUCACUGGACUGUCCGUCGUGGACAACGUUGGGUUGUUCUUGGAGCCAACGGAUCAGGCAAGACCACGCUGCUGUCGCUGAUCACGUCCGAUCACCCACAAACAUAUGCCCAACCCAUCAAACUGUUUGGCCGAUCUCGUCUUCCUGAAGUUGGAAAGCCAGGAAUCUCGAUCUUCGAGCUUCAAUCCCGCAUCGGCCACUCAUCCCCCGAGAUUCAUGCCUUCUUCCCCCGCCAACUAACCGUCCGCCAGUCCGUCGAGUCUGCCUUUGCCGACACAUUCCUCGCGAAGCCCAAACUGAACCACGAAAAGGACAGCGAUGUGGAUGCAGUUUUGAGGUUUUUCAAAGCUGAGCUAGACCCCGACGCAGCAGUCAGCACACAGGCGAAACCACCAAAGAUUACCGCGGUGGAAAACUUCCCGAAGCUCGCACGCUUCCAUAGAAACGGGGCAUACGUUCCGCCAGACUAUUAUGUCGAUUACGCCGAUUCUGUCAAAUUUGGAGACCUUGACGUUGAGAAGCAGCGCCUGGUCCUCUUCAUCCGGGCCCUGGUCCACAAACCCGACGUCAUCAUCCUGGACGAAGCGUUCUCCGGCAUGUCCGCCUCCAUCCGCGACAAAUGCCUCCACUUCCUCGAAGCUGGAGAACAUGGUCGACACCGAGUGUCUUCGGUCAUGAGACGCACCACCAACAGAGACAGCUGGCUCAAAGGGUUCAAGCAAGACACUUCCAACGCAAACUUCGACGGGCUCACUGAGGACCAAGCUCUUAUCAUGAUCAGCCAUGUCAAGGAGGAACUCCCCGACACCGUGCGAUUCUGCAUGCGUCUCCCAUCCGACCCCGGCGAUGGAAGCGAACCACUGGACUUCCGCUUGAAUAUGCUCAAAAGCAUCAGCGCCAUGUCCAACCCUCUCACCUGGGACAUGGCCUGGACGACUCCGUCGGAUUACGCGAAACGUAGCAAGCGAUUACGGGGGAGGAGUAAUAGAGCCCAGGAUAACAUCGACACCACUUACGAAUGGCAUUUCCUGUAG